AUGAGUCAAACAUGUGAAUGGAAAAAUGAGGUCAUAAAGAAGCAGGCCCAAAAAGAACGAGAGAAAGACGUGGAAAAACGAUGGGCAGACGUGAUGUCUAAGAACGGUGAGGGAGCUCCUGAAUGGUUAAAAGAAGCUGCUAUGAAGAAAAAACAGAAACAAAGUUUGAAACAGAAAGAUGAGAAUUUAGCUCCAUGGCUAAAAGAAGUUCAGAAGAAGAAUGCCGGUUUAGCAAGAAGGAUAUCCGAUGCCACAAAUUGUGAAAUUGAAAGUAAUCUGGGCUGA